AUGGGGAAAUCUGUAGAUAUUGCACAUCAGCUGGAACAGAAUGUGGAUGAGGUAAUAACUUCUCGCGAGUCAUUUCAAGACCAUCGAGUCUGUAUACAUGGUGAAUACACAAAAAGUAUAUCUUCAUCUCCAUCCACGACUACAACGGCUGAGAUGCUCGAAUCAAAGAUGAAGCUAUUUGGCUUGCGCGCUAAAGAAAUUUUUUUGAAAUACAUCAAAUUCAUAGGUCCAGGCUUAGUUGUUGCUGUGAGCUACUUAGAUCCGGGAAACUAUCAAACUGCAAUUACAGCAGGAAGCUCCAAUAGGUAUUCCUUGCUUUUCAUUGUCUUUUUAUCUAAUGUCAUUGCCAUUUUCUUACAAAGUUUAUGCAUAAAAUUAGGAAGUGUUACCGGUUACGAUCUUGCGCGAUGCUGUCGAGAAUAUUUACCCAAGAAAUUGAACUGGUUUUUAUGGAUUCUCGCAGAAUGCGCCAUUAUUGCAACUGAUGUAGCUGAAGUAAUAGGUAGUGCUAUUGCUUUGAACAUAUUGUUGAAAAUACCGCUCCCUGCAGGAGUAGUGAUUACCAUUGUUGAUGUGUUAUUUGUUAUGAUGACCUACAGAGCAGAUACGUCUUCAAUGAGGUUUGUCAAGAUUUUCGAAUACACUAUCGGUGUAUUGGUCAUGGUGGUGGUGGUGUGCUUCGCCAUACAAUUGUCUCAAAUACAUGCCAAUGCAAAGGAUGUUUUUCGAGGAUUUGUUCCAAGUAAGCAAAUGUUCGAUGGUAAUGGAAUGACCGUGGCCACGUCAAUUGUUGGUGCCACAGUGAUGAUUCAUUCUUUGUUCUUGGGCUCUGGGUUGGUUCAGCCUAGAUUACGUGAAUUCGAUGUGAAAAAUGGAUAUGUUAAAUUGAAUGAGAUUUGUGGGGAGGAAAAAACUAAGGUGCUUGAAGUGGAGGAAGUAGAUGGGAAGUCUAUCGAAGGCAAAGAUGUUACUGAUAAGAAAUCGCAGCAUAAAAUCACUACUUAUGAAAAAGAAGCCGACUUUUUUUAUAAUAGAUACAAGCCAUCCUACAAAGCUAUCAAAUAUUCCCUAAAAUAUUCCAUAAUUGAACUCACCAUUACAUUAUUCACAUUGGCGCUUUUUGUCAACUCGGCGAUUUUGAUAGUCGCAGGUACUACAUUGUAUGGAACUGAGGAAGCAAUAGAUGCAGAUUUGUUCACCAUCUACGAUUUAAUUUCGAGUUCUGUUGCGCCAGCAAUGGGUACCGUAUUCAUGGUUGCAUUACUAUUCAGUGGUCAGAGCGCAGGCAUAGUAUGCACCAUAGCAGGCCAAGUAGUAAGCGAAGGGCAUAUAAAUUGGACUUUGAAACCAUGGUUGAGGAGACUAAUCACACGAGGCAUAUCCAUUGUUCCAUGCCUCAUUAUCAGUUUAUGCAUUGGUAGAAAUGGUCUAGGUAUUGCUUUAAACAUUUCCCAAGUCAUCAUUUCCAUUUUGUUGCCUCCGUUAACUGCACCUCUAAUUUAUUUCACUUGUUCUAAAAAGAUAAUGAAGGUAAAAUUGAAAGAAGAUGACGAAGGGGAAAUAGGAGAUGAUGGCGAAAAGUAUAAAAUCAUGACUAAUAAUUGGGUGACUUCAUCAAUCGCCUUCCUAAUUUGGAUUUUCGUUUCUGUAUUGAACGUAUAUGCCAUUUAUGAGAUGGCCAAAAAUGGAGUGUCAGGAUAA